AUAUUUUAAUCUUGAAAAUUUGUUCCUAUCAUUAUAAUUAUUAGUAAGAAUUUAUAUCACAGCAUUACAACUGUUCUAAAUUUUUAUCCACCAUUUUGUCGCCUCAUUAGAUGAUAAACAAAUGACGCAAUUGGUGCGCCGGGUUUGAGACUAUCGUUCAUAAGUUACUACGUCGACAUGUGAAUAAUUAGGCAAUUUUUUAUUUCAAUAAUUAUCAUACCAUAACUACUCAUAAGAUUUAUGUAAAAUCAUUAAAAACGUUGUUAUCUGUUGCUAAGACAUUGAUAAAACAAUCAAGUAAUAGCACUUUGAAAGAGUCUGAGUUGGGGGUGUUGCUAAGGCACCACGGAGCCAAUUGAUGGUUGCUUGGCAACAGCAUCUUACUAGCUUUUAUGGCCGCCGUGGCGAGCGUAGCUAUCGAUGACGCUCUCUUUUGAUUGGUGUCUUCUUCAACGGCGAUGCAUUUUUUCCUUACACGAGUGGAGAUAAUAAUUGCGCCAAUUUAAGUCGACAUCAGUUCAAAAAGAAUUGUGUAAAAUGACAAAUUCCCUACUGUUCAUGAAUAAUUGAAGAAGAGACUAAUUACAACUUGAUAACUAAUUUUUCGGUGAGAAGUUGAGAACUUUCGUACCUACUACAGGGGUAAAAUUUAGGGUAAGACCUUCGGAGACACAAUUUUAUAGAAUACUAGAUAGUGAUAAGUACGGUUUCCAUGACAACACUUUGACACGCAUACGGCUUUUCCUAGAGAACGCAAGGGAGAAAAACGAUGGAACAGAUAGAAGAAAUCAACAGUAGUUCUCGCAUCGUUACACAGUGUCUUACUAUUGCUAUUUCUGACGACGCGGCUACAACGACGAUUUUUUUCUCAUGGACGCAUCGUGGCUUAUAUUUAGACAAGAACUUAACUGAAAUUAGACGUUUGUGUGAAGAAAAAGAGGAGAAACGCGUGCCGAUGAAAUCUGAGUGAUUGAAAAUUUUAACUAAGAGAGUAAUUAUCAAAGAAAUAUCCAAAAUUGCAUCAUAAUAAUGGCACCAGACAGGCCCGAUGCAUCGGGUGUAGAAACUGCGUGUGGUUUAACCGUUACACGUGCCUACAGUAUCGAUGACACCGUACUAACGCUUAAAGAAGCAGAUAACGCUAGCACGUUUUCUGACAAGACCAAUACUGGCGCGAUCGACGUCGCUGUCCCAGAUGCAGUCAACAGUCCACCGGUUGCCAAAAGUCCAAGUGAAUUCGCGAGUACAAUAACAACGAAACAAAAUCAAUCUGAUGAUGACCUUACUAACCUUGCAUGGUUACAUCAACAAAAUCUCCUUAAAGGACUUGAAAUUUCUAGUCCUACCAAAAGCAUUAAAGAAGAAAAUAUAAUUAAUAAUAACAACAAUAAUAAUAAUAAUAAUAUUUGUGAUGAUAGUACAGAACUAUCUGAGAACACCAAUUCUAUUUCCAGUUUAGAUGAUAACUAUUUUUCAGAGAGUAAUGGAAAAAUUGGAUCCGUGGUAUCAGGGAAAACAUGUCAAGGUUAUCAAAGUCCCGGUAAAAAUUAUGAAAAAUCUAGUGGAUUCUUUCAGGACUCGGGAAAAAUUGCAUACAUUACAACACAACAAAGUAAUCAAGUGAAGAUAUCAUUGAACAACAAUAAUCUACCAGUUUCAAAUCGUAACAAACAUCCUACGCAUAUACCUUACGAUCCUCAUUUGCAUAGAAAUACCAAACCUCCGUACUCAUUUUCCUGUUUGAUCUUCAUGGCCAUUGAGGAUAGUCCAAUGAAAGCUCUACCAGUGAAGGAAGUCUACGCUUGGAUUUUGGAUCACUUUCCUUACUUUAGGAAUGCACCAACCGGUUGGAAAAAUUCCGUCAGGCAUAAUCUUAGCUUAAACAAGUGUUUUAGAAAAGUUGAAAAAGCUCCGAAUUUGGGAAAAGGUUCUCUUUGGAUGGUAGAUGAUCAAUAUCGUCCAAAUCUUAUGCAAGCGUUAUCGCGAGCACCUUUUCCUCCUCCUACUGGUCAAAAUCUUUCUUCUCCUGAAAAAAUACCUAAGAAAAAUACCAAUACGCGACUUCCUGAUCCUGUUUUAUUUCCUUAUUUAUCUAAAAGACUUGCUUCAAGUAACAUAACUGAAAGUCCCGAACAAGAGUUUGAUAGUGAUGUUGACGCUGCUGCAGCCGCUAUGCUUUCCUUUAAACACGGACCUAUUAUUCUUAAUCAUAACAAAGAUCGAAAACGAAAAUGUAACAUAGAACAAGAAAAAUUGGUCCCAGUAAUAACACGGAGUUCUAGUGAGGAUCAUACAUAUAGUUGUAUAACAUCAAUAAAAACUGAAGGUAGAUCAUCAAGCUUAACUCCUGAUGAUACCAGUACAGAUGCAGACGAACGACGUAAAAUAGCUGAAGGGGCUGAUGCUUUGCUCAACCUUGCAGACGUUGCUCUUAGUCACAAUAGCACGUCUUGUACACAUUACACCGAGGAUAUUAAACCAAAUAUCAAUGAGUUAUCUACAAUAAAUCACUUGCCAAAAUUACCAACUGUGCAAGGAACCCAAUCAAAAUCUAAGCGACGUACUACCCCAAGCGAUUACGCAAGUCUGCCUGAUAAACGACGUAAACGUUGGCGAGAAUGGAGCGAGAGUAACAGGUAUCUCAAACAAAUUAGGGGUUAAUAACGAAUGUUCGUCUGUCCUUUUUAUAAUUAAUUGCAGUAAUUAAUAAUCAGCCAUAAACCAACAUAAAAAAGUGGCCAAAGUUAUAUUUUCAAAAAAAAAAAAAAAACAAGUGAAAAAAAACGAAAAUAAACUAUAAAAGCAA